UUAAGCAUGGAAAAUUGUUUGGUAACGAGGAACAUUUAAAUAUUAAUUUAUUUAAAUAUUGUAUCUUCCUCCAAAAUAACAUUAAGAUCCUUAUAAGUAAUUAAUUAUCCUAUCGGUAAUAAUUGCUUGCUAAGGAUGCUUAAUAUGGUGAAGAAAAUUUAUUAAAUAUUAUGAAUCACAGUUUAUCUAUCCUUUCGAUAGUAAAUUAAUGUAUUUGAUUAUAAUAUUUAAUAGAUUGUUCUUACUUGUGUAUGAGUUCUACUUUAUUUAUUUGUCUAAGAACUCUAGCAUACAUGAUGAUCAUUUGUUAUUUUGCGAUCAUUUAUUUAUGAGAGAAAGAGCACAAAUGACAUGAUUUUGUUAUAACAUGCAUUUAAUGGUUAUUGCUCUUGUUUCUCAUUCAGCUUUAAGCGUUCCAAGAAACUCUGCCAUGUUGACGCUAAAUGGAACCAACCACAAGCAGUGGGUUGAAUCCCUCAUGCUAAAUUUGACUCUUAUGAGAGUGGACUUGGCCUUGAGAGUGGAUGCACCGCCUAAACCCGCUGAUGAUGCCACUGAAAAGGACAAGAAGUCCUAUGAGGAUUGGGAGCAUUCCAAUUGUUGUUGUUUGAUGCUUAUGAGGUAUCACAUGGAUGAGUCCAUUCGUGAUAGUAUUCCUCAAACUGAAAAUGCAAAAGAUUUUCUUGCUGCCAUUAAGGAAAAGUAUAAGAAGUUCUCAAAGAAUGAGAAAAAUGAGUGCUUAACUUUGUUCCAUCGCACUAAUUACACUGAUACGGGUGACAUUAGAGCUCACAUUGACAAGCUCAUGGGUUGUUACCAAAAGCUCAAGGGCAUGGGAUUGGAUCUUGGUGAGGAUUACAUGGUGUGGUUUGUGAUGGAAACCAUUCCUUCUCAAUUUGAUUCGAUCAGAUCAAGCUACAAUGCUCAAAAGGAGCAGUGGACCAUUGAGGAGAUGACUGCUAUUCUUGCCAAAGAAGAAGAGGACAUGAAAAAGAAGAGAGCAAGAAGUAUCUCCAUGGUGACCAAUCCAAACAAUUCUCACAAGAGAAAGUUCACUCCCAACAACUCUAGUGACCAAAGGUUUCAUAAGAAGAAAGCCACCAAUCCUAAGGGAAAUGGACAAGCAAGCUCUUCUUCAACUAGUCAUAAGAAUGAGUUUUUCAAAGGGAAGUGCAACUUUUGUCAAUGCUUCGGGCAUAAGAAAGCUGAUUGCCGAAAGCUCAAAGCUCACUUAGAGAAGAAAGGCAGUGACAAGUCGAAGAAGGCCGAGUAGGUUGGAGGAGUAUGUGUACAUGGGAGACGAUACUAAAGUCAGAGUUGAAUUUUUUGGGAC